AUGGGUGUCGAUCAAUUGGUUGAAACCAUCACACCAUAUAAUAUACGGCCGAUAUGGAAUCAUUUAUACGUGCCUGUUUUUGCAGGUUGGUACUUUUACUGAUUUUUAAUUAGCCUGGGCCUAUUUCAAGCUCAUGAAAUGUUUUUUUUCUAGUAUUAACCUCAGUUUGGACCUAUAUUUGGCUGGAUCAGUUUGGAUAUGAGGAAUAUUAUGAAUUGGGAAUGGUUGGAUAUGCGAUCAUUUUCGUUUUGUUAGCUCUAGUCUUAUUAUUUUGCCAUUGGUUGAUCGCUGUGCGAUGUGCUUUAAUGUGUUCAUAUGUAAGAUUUUUUUUUUGGAAAAUUCCUGCUUUGUGAUUUAGUAGAUUUUUUGCGCUGAUCAAAAUGAUAUAUUCUCGGAAUUUUCAUUAGGUGCCCGCCCAAAUCGAAAUUUUGAUUUCAGCGGGUAGCUAAUGAAAAUUCACGCCCGAACAAAAUUUUGGGGAGGGGAGAUCAUUACAUGCGGGGUCUGUUGGGCGAAGAUGCCAUGUAUGAUUCUCGGAUUUUCAAGCUCGAUUUUCAGUAUUCGAAAUAUUCAGACAAAAAAUACAAGAUUCUACAGCUUGAGGAUUUUGUGAAAAAUUUUCGAAUUUUUUCCAAGUUCCAAAUAUUCUAGAUCUAUUUUUUUUCACCAACAUUUUCCAGAUCAAAGAUGUGAAAAAAGCUAGUCAUGUAUGUGUCACUCCAACUACAAAUAAUGGAUGGCCCGAAUUGGUCCCGCUCAAUAAAACAAAACGCGACAAACAAAUCAAAUUCUGGUUUGAAUUUCAACGUGUUCAUUACACAUGGGAAGAUGAAAUCGAGCAAUUCGCCACGAAAAAUCUGGAUACCGCAAAACCUAUGGUGUUUUUCCAAAAAGCACAUGGCUUCGAAUCGGAUGAGCAAUUACAAGAAACCAAAUAUUUGCUAGGUGAUAAUAAGACCGAAAUGGUUGUGCCACAAUUCAUGGAACUGUUUAUUGAAAGAGCGACUGCCCCAUUUUUCGUGUUCCAAGUUUUUUGUGUUGGAUUGUGGUGUUUAGAAGACAUGUGGUAUUAUUCAUUAUUCACUUUGUUUAUGCUUAUGACUUUUGAAGCAACUUUGGUUAAACAGCAAAUGAAAAAUAUGUCGGAAAUUAGAAAUAUGGGGAAUAAGAGCUUCCUGAUAAAUGUGAGUUCUGAAAUGCGGUUUGAAAAAGUAAUCGAAUUUUUUUUGCAGGCUUACCGAAACAAAAAAUGGAUUAGAAUCAAAACCGAAGAACUCGUCGCCGGUGAUAUUGUCUCAAUUGGUCGAAACGGCGAAGAUGAAACUGUUCCAUGUGAUCUUCUUUUAUUACGUGGUCCUUGCAUUGUUGACGAAUCAAUGUUGACCGGAGAAAGUGUGCCACAAAUGAAAGAACCGAUUGAGGAUGUGGAAAAAGAUCGAAUUUUCGAUAUUGAAUUGGAUAGUCGACUUCAUGUUAUUUUUGGUGGAACUAAGAUUGUUCAACAUACAACACCCGGAAAAGCUCCAGAAGGAUCUGUUAAAUCACCCGAUGGGAACUGUAUUUGUUAUGUUGUUCGAACUGGAUUCAAUACAAGUCAAGGAAAACUUCUGAGAACUAUUAUGUUUGGUGUAAAGAGAGUUACCGCAAAUAACUUGGAAACAUUUUGCUUUAUUCUUUUCCUUCUGAUCUUCGCAAUUGCUGCUGCUGCUUAUUUAUGGAUCAAAGGAACUGCUGAUGAAACUAGAAGUAAAUAUAAGCUAUUCUUAGAAUGCACUUUGAUUUUGACUUCUGUUAUCCCACCGGAACUUCCUAUUGAACUAUCAUUGGCUGUUAAUUCAUCAUUGAUGGCUCUCCAGAAAUUGGGCAUUUUCUGCACUGAACCAUUCAGAAUUCCAUUUGCUGGAAAAGUUGAUAUUUGUUGUUUUGAUAAGACUGGAACAUUGACAACGGAUAAUUUGGUUGUUGAAGGAGUUUGUAUGAAUAAUGAGAAGGAUGGAAUGAUUAAAUCGCCGGAGGAUUUGACGUUGGAAUCGCUGCAGGUUGGUAGAUUUUUGGGAACCUUUUCAAAUUCACAUUUUUGUGAAACUUGAAAAUUAUGAAAAUUUCAGUAUUUUUUGACCUGAAAUACUAUUAUUUCACAUUAAAAAUUUAAUAAGAAAAUAUUCUGAUGAAGAUAAUUCUGAAACUUGAAUUGAAGAAUUUCAUAAGUUAUACGAUAAUUUUUUGAAUGAAAAAACAUUUGUUUUUAAAUUUUCAAAUGUUUCCGAUUUAACAAUCUCAAAACGGUCACAUUUUUCAAAAAGUUCCUCACUUUUUUUUAGGUCAUGACAUCCUGUCACAGUUUGGUCAGAUUCGAAGAAGAACUCGUCGGUGAUCCUCUUGAAAAAGCCUGUCUUUCAUGGUGUGAUUGGUCUCUGACAAAAGGCGACGCAGUUAUGCCACCAAAAUCCACCAAAGGAAUUGCGGGUAUCAAAAUCUUCCAUCGAUAUCAUUUUUCAUCGGCCAUGAAACGAAUGACUGUGAUUGCCGGAUAUCAACAAUCUGCCACUUCUGAUACUACUUUGAUUGUUGCGGUUAAAGGUGCACCGGAGAUGUUGAGGAAUAUGGUGAGUAUAAUAUUCUGUGUUUCUAAGAAAACACCUUUUUCAGUAUGAAAAUGUUCCGGAGGAUUACGAUGAGACUUAUAUGAAAUUGACGAGACAAGGUUCGCGAGUUUUGGCGAUGGGAAUCAAAAAACUGAAAGAAACACGGCCUAGUGAAUUGCGAGAUAAGAAACGAGAAGAUUUGGAGCAAGAUUUGACUUUUGCUGGAUUCGUUGUUAUAUCUUGUCCAUUAAAAACCGAUACAAAAGCAAUGAUCAAAGAAAUCAUCGACAGUUCACAUGGUGUAGUUAUGAUAACUGGAGAUAAUCCAUUGACUGCUUGCCACGUGGCAAAAGUAUUGAAAUUCACCAAAAAAGGAGUGCAAACAUUGGUAUUGGAUGAACCAAAAGAAGGUGAUGAUUGGACAUGGAAAUCUGUCGAUGGAACUGUUGAAGUUCCAUUGAUUCCGCCAAAAUCGGCAAGAAAUGUGUUUUUCAAAUCACAUGAGUUUUGCUUGACUGGAACAGCUUUCCAAUAUUUGGUACAUCAUGAACACACAUUUUUGCGAGACUUGAUUGUUCAUGUGAAAGUUUUUGCAAGAAUGGCUCCAAAGCAAAAAGAACGAGUUAUUCAUGAAUUGAAAUCAUUGGGACAUAUUACUUUGAUGUGUGGAGAUGGAACAAAUGAUGUUGGCGCAUUGAAACAUUCGAAUGUUGGUGUCGCACUUCUCGCAAACCCAUAUGAUCCAGAAAAAGCGAAACAAAAAGAGGAAGAAAGGAAGAGCAAGAUCGCUGAGGCGAGACAAUUGGUGCAAGAAGGAGCCAGAUUACCGCAACAUAAAUUGGCUCCAGCGGCUGCUGCAAGAAAUAAUGCACCGCCUGGCGCAAGAGCGAGAGCUGCACCACCACCAGCAGUUGCUGCUGCACAAACGAAACUCGAUAAAUUGAUGCAAGAAUUGGAAGAGGAAGAGAAGGCGAUGGUUAUUAAAUUGGGAGAUGCAUCGAUUGCUGCACCAUUCACCAGUAAAUAUACAUCUAUUGCGUCAAGUGAGUUUUGAGAAUUUCAGAGGGAAGGAGGGGGGAAUUAUGUAGUUUAAAAACAUCAUAAAAUUCAGAUCAAAUGAAUGUUGAACAUCAAAUUAUGGUUAGAAAACCGUUAUGUUUUCAUCAAAAUUCUAUUUCUCACACAGAAAAUCCAAAAAUUAUUUGAAAUUUUAUGCCUAACAAAAUUUAAUUUUCAGUCUGCCACGUCAUCAAACAAGGUCGUUGUACACUUGUCACAACUCUUCAAAUGUUCAAAAUCCUCGCUCUCAAUGCUCUUGUCUCUGCCUAUUCAUUAUCAGCUCUCUAUUUGGAUGGUGUCAAAUACAGUGAUACACAAGCCACAAUUCAAGGAUUAUUACUUGCCGCAUGCUUUUUGUUCAUCUCAAAAUCGAAGCCACUCGAAAAUUUAUCGAAACAAAGACCGAUGGCUAAUAUUUUCAAUGCCUAUACUUUGCUUACAGUCACUCUUCAAUUUGUUGUGCAUUUUUCAGUGCUUUUGUAUAUGGUUAAUUUGGCACAUUUGGCGGAUCCCAGGUUUGUUUUUGAUUUUUUGAAUGAGAAAAGUGGCCGAAAAUUUCGAGUAAUUUCAAAUUUUUUUAAAUAUUAAAAAUGUCAGUUAAAAUUUUUUGAAAAUGAAAUUCUAAUCUUUAGUUUCACGUUUUCCAAGUUCACGUGAAAAAUAAUUUAUCUCUCUCUCUCUAAAAUUUUCCGCAUUUUUUCUACUUAUUUUUCACUUUUUCAACUCUUAUUUACAUCAUUCUGUUCGCCAUAUUUAGAGCUAAAAAACUAUAUAAAAAUUUCUGUAAUAUUUCCACCAAAACCACUAAAAACUCGUGUUUACACUCCUCCUAUCUCUCAUUUUUCUCUCUCUUUCAUUUGAUGCGAAAAAUCGCCAUUCGCUGCCGCCGUCUUGUGUGUCCUAGUGGUUAGAGUGUGUGCGUUGCGAGCGAGAGGUCGAGGGUUCGAAUUCUCGCCGAGGCGGAUAGGAACCAGGUUGUGUAUUUUAUGCAAUUUGGGCCGACAUCCCCGCCAAAAUGAAUGUUCUUGUGAAGAUUUAAGGUCGCUUCUGGAUGUAAUUGGCACCGGGUGCACACCAUCUUCAUCGACAUUUUAGAAUUUUAAUUUUUUAAAUUAAUUAAUUCAUAAUCUUUCCCUUCUCAUCAUUAAUUAAACAAUGUUUUUACAGAGAUGGACCGAUUGAUCUUGAAGCCAAAUUCACUCCGAAUGUUCUCAACACCACUGUUUAUAUCAUUUCAAUGGCUCUACAAGUUUGCACAUUUGCUGUAAAUUAUCGAGGAAGACCAUUUAUGGAGUCGCUUUUCGAAAAUAAAGCCAUGCUUUAUAGUAUUAUGUUUUCCGGAACUGCUGUUUUCACAUUGGCAACGGGUGCUUCAGAUGAUCUGAUGAAACAGUUUGAACUUGUUAUUCUACCUGAUGAGGUAACAAAAAUUUCAACGAAAAAACACUAUUUUCAAAUUUUCAGUUGCGAAAUACACUUGUUGGCGCCGUCUCAUUCGAUUUAAUCGCAUGUUACUUGAUCGAUCGCAGUUUGAACUUUUUCUUGGGCGAUAUGUUCUAA